GCCUGAGAUGUUUAAAAUUCCGUAGGUUAAAGCUGUGUAUGAAUCAAGUCACGUGUUUAGAAUAUGCAUAUGCCAUCGCUAAAGCUGACUUUUAGAUUCUUCAUUGUUUUUGGCAAACAGGAGGUGUUUGUGUAGGAGAAGCAGAUCAAGAGCAUGAGAAUAAAGAUGUGGUAUUACUGUUUUGGUAAACUGGGCUGGAGUCUAGACAGCUAUAGGCAGUACCACUUAGGGUGUGUAUGCUCUCCCGAGAGAACCCUUCCCUAUACAAUUGUAUCUUUUCUAUAACCCUACAGACUCAGUUGGGGACAUUCUGUCCUGUUCUUAAAUUAAAAGCUACCUUCAGAAGUCUCUCUGAUGUGCAUUUCUGUCUUAGGAAAGUGUUUUUUAAGAUGUUGAGCAAUUAAUUUCCCUUCUCUUUGUGGUUCUCUUUUUAGUUUCUUUGUUGUAAUCCUAGAAUUCAGAUUCUGAGAUCUAUAGGAAUUUAUGUUAGAAAACAUUUAAUACAAAUUCUGAAAUGCUAUGUUCUUUCUCAUCCUUAUAAUUUCUGCUACAGCUGGUAAUUGUGGAUAGGUGCCCUGAAGAUCCCUUGUGGAGUGGUAAUUAACGAUGAUUCCUUGUGCGUAAUCUGAAAAUUUGGUUCCUGGUGGCACCGUAGGCUAAACAUCUUUUUGACUGGCAUGAACCCAUUCUACUUUCAUGCAGUAAAUGUCAUUUUACACUGCCUAGUGACCCUUGUGCUGAUGUACACCUGUGACAAAACUGUCUUCAAGAAUCGUGGACUUGCUUUCGUUACGGCAUUGCUUUUUGCUGUGCAUCCUGUUCACACAGAGGCGGUGGCCGGAAUUGUUGGCAGAGCUGACGUGUUGGCAUGCUUGCUGUUUCUGUUAGCCUUUCUCUCCUACAGUAGGAGCGUGGACCAGUGUCGUGUUGGGGAAUGUUUCCCUCCCACGGCUUCUCCCUUCUUCCUGCUGCUCAGUCUGUGUCUGGGGACCUGCGCUAUGCUGGUGAAAGAGACGGGCGUCACGGUGUUCGGCGUGUGCUUGGUUUAUGAUCUCUUUUCUUUAUCCCACAAUCAUGAUAAAUCGAGCAAUGGGGUCGUCCAUCAGCGCAGCCCACAGCGGCCCGGGAGCUCCCUGCCCACCGCACUGCCCGCGCACCCUCUCCGGGAGAACGGGAAGCAGCAGCGGUUCCCUCACAAAGGAGCUUGGGGUGGCUGCCAUACUCCAUUGCCACCUGAACCCAAGAGCAGUGGAUUCCCUGUGUCUCCUCGAGCUGUGUGGUCCUUGAUGAGGUAUCUGACAGCAAGCCGCAAUAGAAAUUUCUUGCUUACCAUGAGGCCAUUCUUAAAAAGGGCCAUUUUGGUCAUAAGUUAUGUUAUUGUUGUUCUGUACUUCCGUCUGUGGAUAAUGGGAGGAUCUAUGCCCCUCUUUUCAGAGCAGGAUAAUCCAGCUUCAUUUUCACCUUACAUUCUUACAAGAUUCCUUACCUAUUCCUACCUCUUGGCCUUCAACGUGUGGCUUCUGCUUGCACCUGUUACCCUGUGCUAUGACUGGCAGGUGGGCAGUAUUCCUCUGGUAGAGACCAUAUGGGACACGCGGAACUUAGCCACCAUCCUUCUGGCAGUUGUGAUGGCCUUACUGAGCCUUCAUUGUUUAGCAGCCGUCAAGAGAUUGGAGCACAGGGAAGUUUUGGUGGGCUUGUUGUUCCUGGUUUUCCCGUUCAUCCCAGCCAGCAACCUCUUCUUCAGGGUGGGUUUCGUGGUGGCCGAGAGAGUGCUAUACAUGCCUAGCAUGGGCUACUGCAUCCUUUUCGUGCAUGGAAUGAGCAAGCUGUGCACGUGGCUGAAUCGCUGUGGGGCUGCCACCCUGAGCGUGUCCACUGUGCUGCUGCUGCUGCUUUUCUCCUGGAAAACCAUGAAACAGAAUGAAAUUUGGCUGUCGAGAGAGUCCCUAUUCAGGUCUGGAGUUCAGACUCUGCCCCACAAUGCCAAGGUUCACUACAACUACGCCAAUUUCCUGAAGGACCAGGGUCGGAACAGGGAAGCCAUCUACCACUACAGAACGGCCCUCAAGUUGUAUCCGCGCCAUGCAAGUGCCCUGAACAACCUUGGAACACUGACCAGAGACACAGCAGAGGCAAAGAUGUACUAUCAGAGGGCUCUCCAGCUAAAUCCACAGCACAACCGGGCUCUUUUCAAUCUUGGGAAUCUCCUUAGGUCUCAGGAGAAAAAGGAAGAGGCUAUCAUCUUACUGAAAGAUUCCAUUAAAUAUGGUCCCGAGUUUGCAGAUGCAUAUUCAAGCUUAGCUUCAUUACUGGCUGAGCAGGGGAGGUUUAAGGAAGCUGAGGAAAUAUACCAGGCUGGAAUAAAGAACUGCCCAGAUAGCUCAGACUUACACAACAACUAUGGAGUUUUCCUAGUUGAUACUGGCUCUCCAGAGAAGGCAGUGACCCAUUACCAACAGGCCAUCAGACUUAGCCCGAGCCAUCAUGUAGCCAUGGUGAACCUGGGGAGACUCUACAGGUCACUGGGAGACAACAGCGUGGCUGAAGAAUGGUACAAACGCGCCUUGCAGGUGACACGCAAAGCUGAGAUAUUAUCACCGUUGGGAGCUCUAUAUUACAACACUGGCAGAUAUGAAGAGGCUUUGCAGAUUUACCGGGAAGCUGCAUCCCUUCAGCCUUCCCAAAGGGAACUCCGCCUGGCACUGGCUCAGGUUUUGGCCGUGAUGGGUCAGACAAAAGAAGCUGAAAAGAUGACCAAUCACAUUGUGUCAGAGGAGACUGGGUGCCUUGAAUGCUAUCGCCUGUUGUCUGCUAUCCACAGCAAGCAGGAGCAGCACGACAAGGCACUUGAUGCUAUAGACAAGGCUCUGAAGCUGAAACCAAAGGACCCAAAAGUUGUAUCUGAACUUUUUUUCACAAAAGGAAAUCAACUAAGAGAGCAGAACCUUCUUGACAAAGCUUUUGAGAGCUAUAAACUGGCCGUGGAAUUAAAUCCAGAUCAAGCACAGGCCUGGAUGAACAUGGGUGGAAUCCAGCACAUCAAGGGAAACUACGUGUCUGCAAGAGCUUAUUAUGAGAGAGCCUUACAGCUGGUUCCAGACAGCAAACUGCUGCAGGAAAAUCUUGCCAAAUUGGAUCGUCUAGAAAAAAGAUUACAAGAAGUUCGAGAAAAGGAUCAAAUGUAGCAGCAUUUGACCAAGUCUCCAAGGGACAGUACUGGUGCCUUUGGAAGAGGAAGAACUGACAGACGGAAGCCUUGCUUACACAUCAGUUGGGGCACAACCGAUGAAGUUUUCCUCUUACUCGAGUUCAGGGUGGCACAUUUUGGGACACUUGCUGGUAACCCUGUGCUGGGGACUUGCAUUUCCAUGAAAGAAGACAAAGAGAGCAAAGCAAGGGCUAGAAGGGCCUGAAGGAAGGAAAACAGCAGCUACACAUUUGACAGACGUUUGUUUGCUUUAAUUCCAGAUUUCCUUUCAUAUGUCUGUCUGAUUUUCCAACCUGGAAAUCUAAUUCCAUUUCUUAGUGUAGAUAUUUGUGUCUCAGAAACAGAGGCUUGAAAUGCUAUGAGUGCAUGGCAUCUCUUCUUUAGGAGAGGAGAUAUUUCAGAGAGGGUAAAUCCUCUGGGAUAAACCAUUUGAGAAAUUCUACCAAGAGGUAGCUCAUUUAAUUCUCCAGAACUAGAAAUGAGUAUCUAACAGUGUUUGUAAAAACCUUCUGGAAUACAUGGGGAAAGGGGCUAUUGUAAGAUAAAGCUAAGUAAGGUUUGUCUAAUAUCCUUCUGAGGAUAGUGCUAGAGCCCUAUUGAGAAGUAAAUUAAAUUCCACUCUGAUACAAGCUGUUUUCCCAUUGCCUAAUAUGUCAAAAAGGAAGCUUCUGGAAUUGUGUAUGAGUAUUCUUAUUCCUAGGGAAAAAUCAAGGGUCUUGCUGCCCCUGACUCUUCAUGGGAAUGUUUUGAAUUAAUUUUAUUACAAGUAUUACUAGAGUAGUGGUUCUGCUCUAAGAUUUCAUAAGUGCUUUUAAAACUCGUAAAUGUUUCUGCCUCCAAAUAUAUUGUUAUUUUGGUGGAGAAAAAAAUAGUAUAUUCUACAUGAGAAAUAUUAAAGAUAUUAAUUGAGAGAAAUGUUCUACUUUAUUAUCUUAACACUCAGACGUUCUGAGAUUAUUUUUUGAAAAUAUAUUUAACCACUGAGGAAUCUUUAUGGUAGAUUACAGAAAUCUUCAUAGACUCUAAAUAGAUGGACAGCUCUAUUGAUUUGUCUUCCUAGGCUUCACGAGAAUUCUGUGCUUAGAACAUGAAUGAUAGAACCUGCAGUUCCUGGUUCUGUAUUUGUAAUUUUGGAGAUUUCAUGGAGAAUGCUCAAAAAAUCUAGGAAAAAAUGUCUAAAUUCAUAACUUUAAAAUAUAUAUUUAUAGUUAAAAGAUAGGGAUGGCAAAGUUGAAUUUACAAUUUGUCUUUUAGUGUUAUUUAUUUCAUAACUUAUAAAAUAUUUAAUAUAUACAGACUUUUUUCCCUGUACAUAGUGGUUUUAAUAGCAGUUUUCACAACUGAUCAUUGUGAUCACAUCACUGAUCAACUGAUCAACUGAUCACAUCAUCACAAACAAAAAUUAUAAAUCUAAAUUACAAGGUAGUUAAGUUUUAACAGCCCCCAAAAAAUUUGUCUUGACCCUUCACUUGCUAAAGCUAAAGAAAUUAGGAAUCAGCCUUCAGUGUUUGGGAGGUAAUAUAUUUUGAAAUUGAAGGAAUUGGAAUACUGAUUCUCAUUUGGUUUUCAUCAUAAACUUAAAAAAAAAACAAAAACCCACUCUGGUCAGUGCUGUUCCUGGCUAAGCCAGGUGUCAUACACAUGUAGGAGCCUGAAGACACGCGUAUGUCACAUGCUCAGGCCAGAGCAAGAAGCCUCCUGCUUCUUUUCAAUCCCAGUAUCAGAGACCACUGCCUCUCUAUGUUGUUAUUAUUAUUUUUUUGUCAAGGUAAAUCUAGAUAAAAGGAGGAAAAGCUUCUUUGGAAAGGGAUGAUGCCAGGAAUAUUUUAAAUGCAAAGGAUUACGGAAUUUGAAUUAGCAAAUUCUGUUUGUGUGUAUUCUGUUUGUGUAUAUCAAUAAUCCAAUAAUGUAUAUAGUACCACUCUGAUCUUCUGUUUCUAAUAGUCUUUUAAUGUUAUAUAUCAUAAAUGUAUCCAAAAUUUCAUUUAAAAUAGUUUUAUUCCCUCCCAAAUUAUACUUCUGUAGCCCUAAGGUCAAGAAAUGUACUAAAGUAUUUAUUGUAAAAUAACUACUCCAUCCCCAAAAUGAAAAACAUGAAGCCCUAGCUAAAAACAAUAUCUAGGACUUUAAUUACAACUUUUUAGUUUUAGUGUAAAAAAACCUCAUACUUAGAAAGUUAAUGGAAACGAUAGAGCCCCAAAUUUUGAAAAGCAAUUACGCCUUACUUGAAGGGCUGCUAAAGAUAGGCGAGUACAUUUGUUGGAAUAAUUGAAAUGGCUAUUACAGCCUAAAAGUUUCUGAGAGAAAAUGGUCACUGGACUUCAGGAGACUUUUCCUGCCUUCUUUUGGGUGCUUUUCUCUCUUCCUCUGUUCUCUGUCUCUCUAUUUCUCUCUCCCCCUCUCUCUCCUGCCCUCUCUCCCUCGCCCCUUCUCUCUCUCCCCCUCCCUCUCUCUGUCUUUCUCACUCUGUCACUCUGUCUCGUUCUUUCUGCACUCACUGGCAUCUCUUUGAACAUUAAAAGUAAGGCUGUUUGUUGGACCAGAUAUUUCUGUCCUACUUUCACUUAUAUGUGGCCAGUGAAAUACUUUUCAUAGUUGAGUGGUGCCUAUAAGAAAAUAAAUCACGUAUUAUUUUUCAGAGAUAUUAAGUGUAUUUUAUAACUAUUUUUAUUUGUUCUUAUAACAUGAAAUAAUAUGUGGAAUUCAUCCUUAUCAAAACGAAAGUGGAGUGCCCUGGCUACUCAUGGAGAUGCAUCCAGGUUCCCUUAACAAAAGCAUGCUUGGCUGUGAGUUGAUAGCCCCUUUCUGAGAUGGAAUUGCAAAGCCAGCUUUGUGGACAUGCAGUCUCUGUAGACCCUCAGAGUCCUGCACUCAGAAGCACCUUGUGUUUGGUUGAAUUCUCUGCUUGAAGUUCUCAGUAAUUUUUGAAUAAUUCCAUUUUGCACUGGGUCGUGGGUAGGAGGGAAGGUAGCUGAGAACAAGACAGGAGUUGCUUCAGUCUAGCUGAACACUUGAUCUAAUGAGCAGAGUUUCAUUUGUGACUGUUACCCUGUGCAGCAUUGGCUAUUUUGUCUCAGCUACACUUAGAGUUCCUUGUGUACAUAUAUUCCCCUCCUACUGCCAGUCUAUCUAACCUGUCCUUCUGUCUGACCAGAACCAGUUCUCCUUGCCUUCAAAUUCUCCAAUAAGUGGCAGUCCUUUCACAUGUCCUUCGACAUGGAGCCACGAGAAUGGCUUUACAAGUUUAUGUUAACCUUAAGAAUUAUUCAGGAUUUUAAAACUGAUUCAGAUGUUUUCAACCUGUUAACGGCAUUCGUAAAACAUGGUUCAGUGAUGUAACGUAAGUGAACUAAACCAAAGAUUUAAAUACCUUGGAGGAAAAGAAAUUUUAUUUUAGGGACUCCUGAGAUAUAUCUUUUAGGCCUGUUUAUUUUGCAGCCCAUCAAAAAACAAAGAGGAUUAUCAGCGCUUUGACUCCAACUCCCCACAGUACUUCACAGCCCCCAGUGUACGAGUCUGACGUGCCUAACACGUGGUACCUCGGUUUGGUGCAGGGUUUUGCAGUGGUUGUGCAACUGCGUUUCAACAGGACUGAGAAAAUCCAAACCUUUCCAUACAGGGUUUUGUAUCGCCUCUAUUAAACAUUCCAGGCCUCCCGGAUUGAAGAGCCGGGUUCAGCUGAUAGCUGAGGUCUCGCCCCUCACACACAGGUGCUUUGGCCCUGGUGGAUUUGAGGAUAACCUGCGUGCACACCUUUAGGAAUCCCAGGACCCUGGCCACCCAGGUUAUGAUUCUAAUGUGCAGUGAGGCAUUUGGCCUUUAUAUUUACGGAAUUCUUGGUCCUCAGAUGGAGAGGGAUUGCCUUGCCAUUUGCACGUCCCGGACGAGGCACCCGGUAUAUAAAACUCAUAUUGUUUAUGACUCAUAGAAGGGCCCAUGACAUAGGGCCAUGUUCUCUAUGCCUCCUUCUUUCUUUAGGUUACACAUGUCAGCUUUCGUUAAUUAUUUCUUAAUUGUACUCAUUAGAAUCAGUUUUUUAAAAAAAACAACAAAAAAACUUUUUCUCUGAUUUGUGACGGAUUUGCACCUUAGAUCAAUAAAUCCAGAGGGUAUUAGUAAUAACACUCAAAGCAAAUGUAGUUAUAGGUGUUCUGUUUAUUUUAAUUUUUUUCCUGGUUUCUGAAUCACAUUUACUUUGAUUAAAUUGUAUGUUGGUAUCUCCCAAUAACAGCAAAACUUAACUAUCUAAAUGGCAUCUUUUGGCAUUUUAAAAGUAAAUACCUGUCAAAUCUUGUAUUUAGGCUGUAAUUGAAUAGGAUGAAAACUUACAAUGCCAAAAACUAUGGAGAAAUAUAACUGUUUAUGAUUGAUUAUGAUUAUUCUUGAAGUUUUCAAUGUGCAAAAUAUGUUGAACAGUUCUUCCAAAAAUAGCACUUCCUUAUUUUUUUUUUGGUAGUCAUAUAACUUCAAGAGAAGAAAUAAAAUAACUUCAAUCAAAGCUAUGGUUUACUGUCAGUAAAAUAAAAUGUCACAACAGAAUCAAUAUCUAUCAAUUGGCUCAUAUAAAAAUGUUCCAUUUUUAUCACCAAGGUUCCUUUCCAUGAAAACCUUUAGGGCAUAUAACUUGUAAAAUUAGCACCCAUCAUAAUAUGCAGUCAUUAUCAGUUUGUAAGUUUAGAUCAGCAUUUACCACAAACUGAAAAGUGUCUAUGUCCAGAAAUCCAGGAGUUUUUUCCCAUUCUCAGUGGGGCACGUAGUACAUAUUUGUAUCACUUUAGACUUUGCCAAUGUGCAUAAUGUCCUUCUGGGGUUGUGUUGCUGGUCCAUAGGAGGGGUGACCCAGUCCAAGAACCAGGAGAUCUGGAGUCUAGUCCUGCUCUGCCACCGAGGUGCCGCCUCACCUGGGACAAGUUACCAAGUGUCUCAGUCAUGUUUAUUGUCCGUUAAAGGAGUGGUUACUCCUAUGGACCUAUCAAGCUCUGUGAGUCCCCUGAAUCCAAAUGCAAAGCCCUCUGCCUCUGAAGAGAUAACUGAUAAGUGUUGCCCUUCGUUUUAGAAAUUCUUAAUCAUUGCAGCAAAACACAUACACAAACAACCCUAAAAGUGACUGAACUGCCCAAGUACUUUACUAUGGCAGAGGUAACUACUCUUAUUUUGCAGUCUGUACGUAUAAAAAUUAGCGAUUUUUUUACGUUUCUAAGGAAAAGAGAUUUUUAAAAAUUUCCUCCAAAGGAACUGAAAUAUCUGUAUUUUAGCCCCAUGGCUUGCUUUUACAAUGUGGAAAUCAUUUGACUUGCUGUGACUCACCCAUCCCUCCUUUUGUCAGAGGAAAAUACUUACAUCAUGUUCUUGAUCAGUUGUAUAUAAAUGUACAUUUUUGUUACUUUUGCUGUGCCAGUUAGAAAUAUAUCUCCCAUAAAGUAUUUCUCCCAUUUAAGUCUGAUUAUGUACACUUUGCCUAGAUCUUUCCAAAAUAAAAUUUAUGUAAAUGUCUAUUUUAUAUAAAAUAUGAUGAAAAUAAUUAUGUCUUGUUUCAAUCUC